CGAUGCACUGCACUACAAAUCGAAAUGCAACUCGUGUGUUCCAAACCACCACAACCGGCAAAACGGAGCAUUCAUCCACCUCUUCAUCAGGAAUGCGUCCGUUCGUCGGUGGAAUGAAAACCCUGCAGGCAGAAGUAUUGUGGAUUCUGAACACCAAAACAGACCACCAUUCAUAUAUUUCAAAUGAGUCCAUUGGUGAUCUGUUUUGGAUAUUACGUCAUUUUUGGUCGGCAUCAGCUGUCACAAUGUUGGUCAGAUUGCGUUUUGUUCCAGAGGGAGCGUUCCCGAUGUCUUAACUGUCUUUUGUAACGAAUUUUCAGUUGGCAGAAAAAAACCGCACAUUUUCUUAAUUUUUUAAAUAGUCUACAUAUUUUUAUGACCAUUAUAAAUGCAUUUACACAAUUAAAUAACGCUGGAAAAGUUUGUUAAACAUAAUGUUGCUCAAAUCGUGUUUUUUUUCCGGCGGAAGCAUUCCCGACUUCGUAACUGCAGCCAAUUUAUGCUCAUCAAGACUUUAAAGUAGAGGUAAAAUCGGGCCUAAAAAGUCCAGUCCGACCUGAACUGGUCCGCAGGUAUUAAAGCCUGACCCGCGUUUUGUGUGAUAACAUUUGUGACGAUGUCUGCAUAAAAGCCUGUCUUUUAUAACGAAUUCUCAGUUGGUAGAAAAAAACGCACAUUUUCCUAAUGUUUAAAUAGACUCCCUUUUUUUAUGAUCAUUAUAAAUUUAUUCACACAACGAAAUUACGCUGGAAAAGUUUGUUAAAUAUAAAUAAACAUGUGGUUUUGCGGACUUGCAGAGGGGAAGAUUAAAAAGGUUAUAUAGGCACGCUCUGGCUCUGCAAUGACCAUACAGUGCCUUCUUUUUUUAUCCAAAUUAUUUAUAACAAGUAUUCCUUAGUUUAUCAUUCAUACAUCGUUAAUAUAUAGUUAUUUCAAAAAGUUAGCGAGAAAGAACCCUGGCCCGGCCCGAUGUAAUAAUUGACAUUUUAAUUUUGGUCAUGUUUUCAGUUUAAUUUAGCUGUUUCCAGCUUGCUAUUUUUAUAAUUGUGAUGUUUGUUUACCGCUUUUCCUCUUACUGCGAAGAGGGAGGAAGUGACAUCGGCCGCCGCUAUGAUAUUUAAGUCAUCAGCCAUCUGCUGUGACCCAGGAAUUUAACGCCUGCUUUCACGCACAGUGCUUCCCAUGUCAGUCGACACUGGAAAUUGUUUUCACACAUAACUGCUCCACGUUUAAGUCCCGCGAUAUUCCCAUUGUUUUGGAGUAUGUGAUAGGGGCUCAAGUUACAUCCAGGUUGCAGUUGAUGGGUCAUGCGAAGGCAGUGGACCUGCUUAGACAUUUCGGUUUGCAUUUCGAAUGAAUGUGAAUUUCGCCGUUUUAACUCGAGAGUUAUCCAUGUUCACUGGGGUCUUGGCAGGUGCACUAGCGGCUAGCCUGUUACAGAAGAUGGCUGGUCUGAGUCCUGUCCUCCUCCUCUUUUUGUCCAUAAUUAUUUUGUGCGUGUGUGUGUUUAAAUAAAUUCUGACAGACUUUAUAAUGUUCCUUUAAAUGUGUUUUAAUUAGGGCUGUCAAAAUUAUUGAGUUAACGAGUGGUAAUUAAUUUUUUAAAUUAAUCCCGUUAAAAUAUUUGACGCAAUUAACGCACAAAUGCCCCGCUCAAACAGAUUAAAAUGACAGCACAGUGAAAGGUGUACUUGUUGUGUUUUUCGGAGUUUUGCCGCCCUCUGCUGGCGCUUGGGUGCGACUGAUUUUAUAGGCUUCAGCACCCAUGAGCAUUGUGUAAGUAAUUAUUGACAUCAACAAUAGCGGGCUACUAGUUUAUUUUUUGAUUGGAAAUUUUACAAAUUUUAUUGAAAACAUGAAGAGGGGUUUUAAUAUAAAAUUUUUAUAACUUGUACUAACAUCUUUUAAGAACGACAAGUCUUUCUAUCCAUGGAUCGCUUUAACAGAAUGUUAAUAAUGCCAUCUUGUUGAUUUAUUGUUAUCAUAAACAAAUAGUCCUUAUGUACUGUAUUUUGAAUGUAUAUAUCCAUCUUGUCUUAUCUUUCUGUGCCAACAAUAAUUUACAGAAAAAUAUGGCAUAUUUUAUAGAUGGUUUGAAUUGCGAUUAAUUGCAAUUACGAUUAAUUUAUUUUAAGCUGUAAUUAACUCUAUUAAAAAUUUUAAUUGUUUGACACCGCUAGUUUUAAUUGUAUCUUCAAUGUAAGUGCACUUUUAUCAAAGACUUAUUAAUUGAGGUUAAAUUUGAUGUUCAGUGCUUUAUUUAAUAUGAUUCAAUAUGAUCUAAAUAAUGGGUGCGAGAAAAGUAUUAAUUUUCAGUUGAAAUGGCAUUAAAAAAGGUCUUAAAAGUCUUGAAUUUAGAUUUAUCAAUCCUGGGGGGACCCUGUAAUCAGGGCUUACGAUUAGCGAGAAAAGCGAAACCAAGUGAGCCUAAGAAGCUUCAAUGCUUCAUCACUUAUCUGCAAACAACAGCAACCUUCUACCUCUGCCUUCCUUUCUACUGCAACCCCGCCCGAUGACGUUAAAAAAAAGUGAUAUUGGAUAAUUUCUUGCGACACACCUGAUAAACUCUCACUCGUGUGCCGCUGCACACCGGUUAAAAAACCUUGAAUGAAAUUAAUAAUGAGAACAAAUCACAGCAAAAGCGUGACUUCAGCAAAUCACAAUUUUUUUUUCUUUCCACCCAGUGUCCUGCAGACAUGACUGAAGAAGAUUUUCAUCCUGAGAAACACAAUCCCCUCCACUUAAAACAGGAGUCGUCGGAGAUGUACAUCAAACAGGAAGCAGAGCCAGUCACCCCCCACAUUAAAGAAGAAAAACAGGAAGAGAAAAUCACCAAGUUUAAAGUCACUGUCAGUGUGAAGAGCGAAGAAAAUGAAGGUCCAAGCAAAGAGAGUGGAGCAGCGACACCUUCGAGCGACAGCUCAUUGCAGCACCUGACAACAAUAGAAGAGGGACGAUCGCAACCGGACGGCUUCAUAGCUCCUCUUUCGGACAGCGACGACGUAACGUCACACUCAUCUGACCCUGACACUAAUGAGGAGGAUUCUGACUUUGACCAAAAUGCUUUGAAAUCAUUAAACAGGUCAUCAUUGAAAAGAGACGCAAUAGAAUGUGCGGGUGGGAAACCGUUUCGCUGCACACUUUGCGACAAAGGAUUCUCUCGGAACACUCAUUUAGAAGUGCAUAAGCGCACACACUCCGGAGAAAAGCCUUUUGUCUGCGCUUGUUGUGGUAAAAGAUUCGCCCAGAAGGGAAGUUUAAAGAGACACGCAAACACACACACUGGAGAGAAGCCUUUUGCCUGCUCACUUUGCGAUAAAGGAUUUGCUCGGAAGACUAAUUUAGAAGUGCAUAAGCGUACACACUCUGGAGAAAAGCCUUUUGUCUGCGCAUGUUGUGGUAAAAGAUUCGCCCAGAAGGGAAGUUUAAACGUGCAUACAAGAACACACACUGGAGAGAAGCCUUUCGCCUGCUCACUUUGCAACAAAGGAUUUUCUCGGAAGACAUGUUUAGAAGUGCAUCAGCGUACACACUCUGGAAAAAAGCCUUUUGUCUGCGCAUGUUGUGGUAGAAGAUUCACCGAGAAGAAAAAUUUAGACAGACACGUAAAAACACACACUGGAGAGAAGCCUUUCGCCUGCUCACUUUGCGAUAAACGAUUUUCACAGAAGAUUAAUUUAGAAAAGCAUACGCGAGCACACACUGGAGAAAAGCCUUUUGCCUGCAUAUCUUGUGGUAAAAGAUUCACCCACAAGGGAAAUUUGGACAAACACACAAGCAAACACACUGGAGAGAAGCCUUUUGUCUGCACAUGCUGUGGUAAAAGAUUCACUGAGAAGGGAAGUUUAAACACACAUACAAGAACACACACUGGAGAGAAGCCUUUCGCCUGCUCACUUUGCCACAAAAGAUUUUUCCGUAAGAGUACGGUCAUAACGCAUAUGCGUAAACACACUAGAAAAAAACCUUUUGUGUGCACAUGUUGUGGUAAAAGAUUUACAGAGAUGAACGAUUUAAACAGACACGCAAGGACACACACAGGAGAGUCUCGGAAGACUCAUUUAGAGAAGUGAAAGCGUACCCACACUGGAGAGAAGCCUUUCACCUGCUCAGUUUGUCGAAAAAGAUUCCAUCAGCUGGGAACUUUAAACAGACAUGCAAGAACACACGCUGGAGAAAAAACUUUUGGCUGCUGAAUUUGUGGUAAAAGAUUCACUCGGAAGGAACAUUUAGUAUGGCACGCAAGUAGCCACACUGAGGAAAGACCUUUGAAUAGUGUACCGCACGCAGGCUAUUUUUAGACCAUGACGUCACAUCGUAAAGCGUAAGUAGGACAUAUACACGCCUUCACAUGCAAACCAUUGUAUUUCGGCCUUCCUUCUCCGGUAAUCUUUUAAAAACUGACAUGCCGAUUAUUCAUUGCUACUAUGGAACUUGUAGAAACGACUCUAGACAUUACGACAUAUAAAGGAUGUUUUCUUCAUACUCUGCCGCAAACAAAAAAUGUGACGAAUGGAGCGACUAUGCUACUAUGACCCGGACGUCUAAAAGACCAGUUUAAUGCCAGCAAAGUGAAGCCGUUCACAUUUCAUAUGCAGUAAAUAUUUUGUUUGGGCCAUGAGGUACAAUGUCUGACAAUGAAUGACCUGAAAACAAAAUUAAAGUAGUAUCUGACUGCCACCGUUGUUACCUUUUCUGUUGUAAAGAAACAACUUUGAUAAGGGGGAAGUGUAAAUAAAUUAAUAGAAUUAAGAUUUGUUAUUAAUGAAAAAAUGAAGUGUUCGUUGGCUGUCAACGAGUAGCAUUUGCGAGCGCUACACAAAACAGCAAUGUCCCCCAAAAGAACGGUCAGAGAUGUAAGACAACCAGGUGAUAUAAUAUUGAAGAAAAAUGGGGUUUAUGGUGGUAAAGGAUAGAUUUUUCAAACAGGAAAAUGUCAUUGCCAGUGGCGUAAGAAAAAGGCAAAGCUUAAGAGCUAAGGGAAGCUUAGGUCGGCUUGAUUUUUUCCCCCGUCUUUUUUAGCCGUCGACACUCAAGCCAUCUCUUUAACUGAACAUGUUCUUCCGCAUCUUUACCAGCGAAUUUGGCACCAGGGACAUCAUUUUCGGACAGAAUUGGUAGGUUUAGCUCUGUCAUCUAUCAUCUCAGUUGUACAUUAUUCCCAUUCAUUUCCUAUUGGGGACAAACAAGAGCUUGUUCCCCCUUAGCUAAUGGAAGAGCCACAGAAGCUAACGUCAUAAAUAUUAAUGAGCAGAAGUGACGUGUAGCGUGCGGUACCCCAUUCCAGUCUUUAAAGCAGUAAUGUGAAGUAAGGUUGGCCAACCAUGUUUUUGAAUAAUGUCAAUGGCUAAACGGUUAGAAGCAUAUAUAUAUAUAUAUAUAUAUAUAUAUAUUUUUUUUUUUUAACGCAACCCUUCCAGAUUCUUUGUUUAACCCAUAGCAACACCCUUGACAACGAAAAUGCUUUACUUCGGCAAUCUUCGGAAAUUACGUCACACUUAGAAUUGCGAGGGAAGUCCGCCAUAGAACAGUAUUGUUUGUUGCAUUGCUUCUCGGUAAGAUGCCACAGCGGUGUGUGGCGAUGUUUUGUUCUCACUCAAACGAAAAGUUGUAUGAGUGGCCAAAGGAUAGCAGGGCACGUAAAUGGACAUCUUUCGUUCGCACGAAGCGAAUUAAUUUCACGCCAUCAUCGAGUAGUGUCCUCUGCUGCAAACACUUCGAAAAUGCCUGCUUCCUUAACCGAUCUGCUAAUGAUCAAGGAUUUGCCAUAAAGUGAGUGUGAUUUUUGGAUAGUUGACUGAUGACUUUGUCAAAGCAGAGCUGCCUACUGUCGUGGAAUGAACAGUAUAAGCUAGCGACGUUAGCUGAAAGUUAACUCGUGGCAAUCCCCGAUCAUAGUUGUUGUUGCGUUCGCUAGGUUAAGCGUGUUUAAAUUGUGCGUCAUCUACGAUCUUGUCCGAAAGGGUUAAUCCACUGUCAAUCGGGAAAGGGGUGUGGAUAUGCAUAUAGCGUCGCGGUAAUUCACGGUCACGUAUCGGUAAGAGACACACCGCCGGUGAGUUUGUGCACAUUUAUUUGUAUUUGUAUCAUGUAUUUCCACCUUCAUGCUUCAGGCAUUGCAUUGCAUUUGUGUGGUUCGGCGUUUCUUUCACGGUGAUCGCUUGAUAGCCUUCUAGUUUGUGUUUCGUGAGAGCCGCUGACAUGUGACAAUUUAGCGUGUUGGCAUUAAGUCAAUCUCGCAGCGAAUCAGCGAGCGGCUCAAGUCACGCAGUGAAUCAUGAGAAAUGAAGUCUCAGGACAACACUGAAGUGGUGCUUUGUAAUCUGUUCGCUUGUGUGAAAAAACGCCGAGAGCUGUGCCGAGCUGUGUUCUUACUGUUAGCUCCAUGUGUUUAUAAAGAGAAAGUUGUCAGCACGUCUUGUGUUGGAUACAUUUGUAAACAAAAAGCUCAUAACAAGACACUAUGCACGAUCCGUUUAAGAGACGCUGGAGUAGGAGGCGAGGAAGAGAUCAGCGAGAGGCAAAACUUCGCGGUCGAAUGUGGCGGCAAUCCGCUAUUAUUUUGUUUUCUUAUUGUUGUCACAAUAAAGUGGAGAAAGCCAUCGACGACUCAUCUCCUUCUUUCCCCCCCAACGUUUUUAUAUUAUUAUAUAUG